GUGAUGGCAUCCCGGGUUUCCUUCACCCAAGCCCGCCUAGAAGCGGAGCUGGAGCGCCACAGGGCCGAGUGUCAGUGGGACAAGAUCCCGAUGAUCGUCGACCAGAUGAAGGUUGCGCGGUUCCACGAGGAAGAUGACUUAUGGGAUGCUGCUGAUGGCUGAGGCGCUCCUGGAGGAGAGCUUGCAGGAAAACAUGGACCUAUUACGGAGCUCCACACCUCUGAUGGACAAGGCCCAGCCCAGACUGUGCCGGGCCAAAGGCCACCUCAAUUCUGUCCUCAGCCGAGGCCGUCUCACACCCAGGUACUUGAACGAGGCUCUGCUGCUGAUGGCCAAAGUGCACUAUGUGCAGGGCCGCUACCGGGACGCCCAGGGAAUGUGUGCCAGGGUGGGACUAGAGGAGCUGACGUGGGAUGAGCAGCCGACCUACCAUCUCCGCCUGCUGGCCGAAGCUUUCGUCAUUAAAGGCCUGUCUCUGGACCACCAGACAGUGUCUGCAGUGUCUCGUGUCCGUCUGUCAGAGAGGGAGGAGGAGAGUCUGUCCUGCUACCUCAGGGCCUGCGACGCUUCCCUGUCCUACCUGCAGGAGCUCGAUAAGUCAGUAACAACGCCCCACACCAAGACAGCCAAAGCCAGUCUGCUUCCUCCACCUGUGGACAUCGACCUGGGCUACUUCGUCCAGGCUUCCUUACAGAGUGCGUACCUGUGUCUGCUGCAGAGAGGUCAUCUAGCGCAGGGUGCUCACCAACUGCGUAGGGUGCUCAGGGUGGUGGAGUCACGAGGGUCUCAGAGCUUCAGAAAGUCGGCAGCGAGGAAGCUAGCAGAGGUGCUGCUGAGCUCCGUGAGUGAGGACAGCUACUGGCCCCCGCUGGGCCCCCCACCCUCUGCCUGGCUCCACAGAGAGGGAGCCGCCGCCUCCAAAGACGCCAUCUACCCCACUGUUAAACCACCGCAGCGUUACAGCACUGAAUGUUCCUUCUGUCCUCAGGACGUGGUCGAGGAGGCUGUGUUGCUGCUGCUCAUCACAGAGUCCAUGGCCAGCGGCGAGGCGGUGAUCAGUCGUCUGCCAGACCAGGCCGAAGCUCGUCAGAACAGCCUGCAGGAUGCCACCUCUGUCUAUGACCUGCUCACCAUCGGCAUGGCCAGGAGGGGGCAGUAUGGCAUGCUUUCUGAGUGUCUGGAGCGAGCCAUGAAGUUUUCCUUCAACGAGUUCCACCUCUGGCACCAGCUGGGCCUGUCACUCAUGGCGGCCGGGAAGGGGGUUGGUGCCGUGUCUGUAUUUAAAGAGUGUGCCAGGAUGAGACCAGAGGACCCCUCAUUGCCCCUAUUGGCUGCUAAAGUCUGCAUUGGUGAACUGCACUGGUUCGAGAAGGCUGAGGCUCUGUCGCAGAGUGUGGUGUCUAUGGGAGAAGAAGCCAGAGAAUUUCUACCCAGGGCCUACCUUUCCCUGGGACUCUGCUGCAGUUUACAGGCUUCUGAGGCCUCUCUAAAAGCUGAUCGCAAUGAAUUCAACAAAAAAGCACUACAAGCUUUGAGCAAGGCUCAUUCAUUAGACCCUCAGGAUGCUCAGAUUGCUAUGUACCUGGCUCUGCAGCUGGCACUUGUGCGCCAGGUUUCAGCAGCCGUCGAGCCCCUGCAGGCAGCUUUAUCUCUCUGUGGGGACGACUUACACUCCCUCCACCUGCUGACUCUGCUGCUGAGUGCCCAGAAACACCACCGUCAUGCCCUGGACACCCUGAGCCUGGCCCUCAGCCAGCACCCUAGCAACUUCAAUCUGCUGUUCACAAAGGCGAAGCUUCAAGAGGCCCUCUUCGGCCCGGCCACGGCCCUGCAGACCUGCGAAGAGAUGCUGCAACACUGGCUGAGCCGCUAUGAUGUCAGCCGCUCCAGUGAGACAGAUGACAGCGGCAGUAUACCGAUGGCUGAGAGGGCAGAGGUCAGCUCUGGAGCCAGGAAACCCUCCAUACACCUCACCCUGCCAGACUUCCAGGACACCUCCACCGGUUCACUGAGCCCCACAUCAGUUGCAGUGUCUCGUCUGGAAGCGGCGCUUUCUGAGGUGUCGGACCUCAGCUCUACCCGUCGUCAGGGACCCACCUACAUCUGGACCAUCCUGGAACGCAUUUGGCUGCAGGCUGGGGAGUUGUUCAUGGCCGACGGUCGGCCAAAGGAGGCCCAGUUCUGCAUAGCCGAGGCCAGCUCUCUCUUCCCCAACUCGUACUCGGUGCUGCUGCAGCGGGGCCGCCUAGCCGAGCUUCGGGGCCAACUGGACGAAGCCAAAAGCCUGUAUGACGAGGCCCUGGCCAUCCAUCCCACAGGAGAACGCAUACUUGUGCACAUGGGCCGUCUGCUGGUGAAAACCGGGCGCGUCCACCUCGGGGAGAAGGUCCUGCGUGACGCGGUUCAAGUCCACAGCACCUCCCAUGAGUCGUGGAGCGGCCUGGGCGAGGCCCUGCAGUCUCGGGACUCCAGCCAGGCCCCCGACUGCUUCUUGACAGCCCUGGAGCUGGAGGCUUCCUGCCCCAUCCGGCCCUUUACCAUCAUCCCCAGGGAGCUUUGAGGGGCCUGGGCUGGGGUGGAGGUUUGGGUUCGAAUUAGAUAAAGUGAAAAGCGGUGCUGGGUGGAAAGAUGUUCCUCAAAUGAAAGGUUUGACAUUUUGGGAGAUUUUCUAAAUGUAACGAGCAGAUUUGAGUGACAUCAAUCUUCUCAUCUAACUUUCAACAAGAAAGUGAAUACUGUGAGUGUAUUUCCCAAAAUCUGAAGUAUACCUUUAGCAAAUAUGUAUUCAAUACCAGGGCAUGUAACACAUUACCUUUUCCCUUUCAGUAAAAAUGUAAAAAGUCUCAAUGACAUUUUCACCCUCUAAAUCAGUAGUCCAAUCAUCCCCACAAUCCUUUUCCUCGUGCAGCAUAUGAAAUCAAAGACAUUUAUAUUGGUUAUCAAUAAUGUUAACAGAAGUAUUCAGAUUAUUGCAGAUAACGGAGCAGUGUGUAGAGAGUAUAAUGUUAUAAUGUACGUACUGUAACAAUGUACAUCUCCUAUGGAGUUAUAAGUACAGAAGUAAUAGCUCUUUUGCAAUUAGUGACAAAUGAGAAAUAUUUAUAAUAAUCGUUGGGUAUCAAUUUAAUGGUUCAUAAAUUGCAGAGAUGUGCUGGUUACAUCUUGAGAUAGAAGGUAUGUUGUUUUGUUACAUGUGGAAAUGCAUCGAUAAAUAGAUAUAUAGAUAAUGUAUUAUCGGCUGUCAGCAGCUCCACUUCAUCUUUAUUUAAGCCUUUGAUGUAUUUUAGAUGAUCAUCUUGAUUGACACAGCUUUCAUGUACACACAAACUCCCCCACCCUCGCCUCUUCAAAUGAGAGCUCAUAUAUUUUCUAGCAGGGACAAUCACAUAUCAUUCCAUAUAUCAUUAUUAUGUACGUGUGUGUGCCUAUGUGCAUGCAUGUGUGUUUUCUUACAGUAUGGGUUUAUAUUAUCAUGCAUGUGUGUUUGUUUUAAAGCAUCACUCUGGGGUGUUAUCAGUCCCUGUUUGUUCUGUUUGUACGGUACAGUAGGCGACUCAUCCGCUCAUAGUGUGUGUGUUGUUUUUGUGUUUUUUGACUCAUCUGUUCGUAAUGCUCUCCAUUAUAAACAACAAUGGCUUUUAAAAAUCACUGCUGAAUGCCGCGUCUUCACCUGCCUUGUCAUUUGUGACUAAUGGACAUCACUUCCGACUGCCUAAACACAUUAAUGUGAGCCGUGGGACUGGGCUGCCGUCUUAUGUAAUACUGCCAGCACAGUUUUCUGCCUCCAAACUCCCUCCUCCUCCCCCUCCUCCUCCUCCUCCUCCCCUCCUCCUCCUCCUCCUCCUCCUAUCUUUCUCUCUGUCUCUCCUUUUCUAUCUCCCUAUGUCUCUCGCUCUCUCCCGGCUUGCCUGAUGUGAUGUGAUGUGGCUUGGUUGCCUAGCAGCCAUCCCCUUGUUUGAGUAACUGGGGAAGCAGAGAGAUAUCUGGUCUGCUGAACUACACAUACACAGACAAGACACACACACACUCUCUCACACACACACACACACACACAGCGAGAGGCAGAUAAUGCCCCUGUUGUGUUACAGGUUUGACAGUGUGUGUUUGAUGUCUGUUGUUACCAUGUGAGCCAGCUGUAAUCAAUGUCUCAGGAUGGUGUAAAUUGAUUUGUGUUAUGGGAAGAGUUUUUGCUCUCAGUAAAAUCCCCAUUUCUUAACCCUCUCCCUCCCUGCAGGGCUACAAGCGCUAAAUCUUUUCUUAAAACCCCACAAUCGCCCACGUUCCCAUCACUCCCGGCAUGAAAAUCCCCCAUUCAUCAAUACUUCGCUCUCCGUGCAGGAAUUAUUGAUCACUGUUGCCUCUUUUCUGCCAUCCAAAAUUCUAUUUUUACUUUUUUCCCUCCUCGCUCGCUGCCGCUCCCUUGUUCCAUCCUCUCCUCAUUAGCGCCAUGUGUGACACCUACACAGGGGCUUCGGGAGAUGAAUGGUCUAAUCCCUGUGGGUAAGGAGUGAAAUAUUACAUGGUGUGCUCACACAUACACACACUGACAAUGAGAGGCACACGAACACAUUGUGUUGUACGGUACAAUGCUUAAAUACACACACACACACACACACACACACACACACACACACACACACACACACACACACACACACACACACACACACAAAUGCCAUGGUCUUGACAGCUGUGGUAAAAGGAGACAGAUGAAUGAAGGAAGCGGCCUGCUGUAAAGCCUCUCAGAAUGACAACCUGCAGAGGAAGCUCUAUGCAAUAGACCGAGUGUCACCACCACAUACACAUAUAUGCUGUAUACACACUUGGGAUUAAUGAGCAGAUCUUUUUCUGCGUCAUUGUGAUGUCAGAGCACCGAGGCGUGUCGCUCUGGUUACGCCCGAGAUUCACAAAACUGUGUGUGUGUGUGUGUGUGUGUGUGUGUAAUAUGAGGGUCUACAUGGAGCAACUGGUGUCAAGUGUUCAGGUACACUUACUGUACAUGUAUAGUUACCUUAGACACACACACAACCUCCAUACACAGCAUGGAUGAUACUUAUUAAGGUUGUAUUGUUUACCUUGGUGUAAGGGUGGAGGUCGUGUGACAUGGAUGUGAUAACAAUGUAUA